GGUUUUUUAUUUCGCUCAGCGAUUGAUAGCGCGCGAGCGAGGCGAGAGAUUUCUUCCAUGGCGGUGUCGGAUGGAUCGAAGCUCCGGUCGGCCGAGCUCAUGGAUCAAAUGGCGAAGCAUUUGGAGACGGGAGCCGGCGAGGAGCUCAAGAAGAAGAUUGGAUUGGUCUAUCAGAUCAAUGUGUCGCCCAAGAAAAUCGGGAUCGACGAGGAGAGCUACGUUGUGGAUUUGAAAAAUGCGAAGGUUAGCAAAGGUCCGUGUGAGGAGAAACCGGACGCUACGUUUUCGUUUGUGGAUGGGGAUUUUAUGGCCGUGGCUAUGGGGAAAAUGAAUCCUCAAAUGGCAUUUAUCAGAGGUAAAAUGAAGAUCAAGGGAAGUAUGAGCGCAGCUCAAAAGUUUACUCCAGAGAUAUUUCCUAAACCUUCGAAGCUAUGAACUUUAGAACUUGUUCAAUAAAACAGCGCCUUUACUCUCGCUUUCGCGAAGAA